AUGCUUUUGAAGCUUUUUCUCGAGGUCUUCGUACGUUUCAUCGUUCCAUUACUCUGCCUUCUACACAUUCAACAGCAACGACUCGUCACUAUUCUACAGCAUUAUUUCACCAUCUUUUAUCAACAACUUUCAGCUUACAUUCAACAUUGCGUUUCAGUUGUAACUUCAUCACUGACACCAUUAGGUAAUCCAACAUCACCAACACCUACGGCCACAGCAACAUCGAUACAUUUCGAAAGUGCUUCAUCAUCUAGUACAGCCACAAUUGAAAACGCCGAAUCAUCGAUUGUUUUAAAAAAGCAAUUCACACUGUUGACGGCGACGAAAGUUGAGCAAGCGUUUGAACGAAGCGAUAUUUUACCGUUAAACGAAACUCUGAAAGGCAACUUUCACCAAUAUCAACACAAAGCAGUUAGUAGCAACGAGAGGAUAAUUGGUGCAUCAUCUUUUCGAAAUCAACAGUUGGAAGUGAGACGUGAACAAUUCGAAGAAUUAUCACAAAGUGACAGCAAUUUGCGUUGUCGUGCUAAGAAGUUUCACUUAUCAACUAGUGAAAAGUGCAACGAUACCAAUAAUAACAGUGACGAGGAUCAAGUACUGAAUAAAAUUGUUUCAAUAAUAGUAGGUGGAAUGAAGGGAGCUGAAUUCCGAGAGCAUGGCAAGCAGAUGGUCGACUAUAUUGUCGACUAUUUGGAUAAUAUACACAAACGUCGUGUGGUACCGGCGAUAGAGCCGGGCUAUUUGCGCGAUUCGCUACCUCAUGAUGCACCCGAACAACCUGAAUCAUAUACGGCUGUCAUGGAUGACUUUGAGAAAUUCAUCAUGCCAGGCAUCACUCAUUGGCAACAUCCGCGCUUUCAUGCGUAUUUUCCGGCUGGAAAUUCAUUUCCUUCAAUUCUGGCCGAUAUGAUAUCGGACGCAAUCGGUUGUAUGGGUUUCUCAUGGGCGGCAUGUCCAGCGAUGACUGAACUCGAAAUAAUUAUGCUGGAUUGGUUCGGGAAAAUGAUCGGCUUACCGCCUGCGUUUUUACCGUUCACUGAGAACGGUCGUGGUGGUGGCGUUAUUCAGGGUUCAGCAAGUGAAUGUAAUUUUGUCUCAUUGCUGGCAGCUCGUUUCGAAGUUCUCAAAGAGUUACGUCAACGAUUUCCGUUCGUCGAAGAGGGACUUCUACUUUCAAAACUUGUUGCAUACUGUUCCAAAGAGGCUCAUUCAUCAGUGGAGAAAGCAUGCAUGAUCGCCAUGGUCAAAUUACGCAUUCUAGAGACUGACUCAAAGUUUCGUCUUCGAGGCGAGACACUUCGAAUUGCCAUUCAAGAGGAUCGAAAUCUUGGUUUAAUUCCAUUUUUCGUUUCGACAACACUCGGCACCACAUCGGUUUGCUCGUUCGAUGUGCUUUCUGAAAUUGGACCAGUGUGUGAACAGAGCGAUUUAUGGCUGCAUGUUGAUGGUGCAUACGGUGGCAGUGCGAUGAUAUGUCCGGAAUUUCGGUAUUUGAUGUCCGGUAUCGAAUACGCUAUGAGCUUCAAUGCAAAUCCAAACAAGUGGAUGCUUGUCAAUUUUGAUUGUUCUACAAUGUGGGUGAAGGACCGUUAUAAAUUGACACAAGCGCUUGUUGUUGAUCCACUUUAUCUUCAACAUAGUUGGAUGGAUAAAGCAAUUGAUUAUCGGCACUGGGGAAUACCGUUGAGUAGACGCUUCAGGUCGUUGAAAUUAUGGUUCGUCAUUCGAAUGUAUGGAGUGAACGGACUUCAGAGCUAUAUUCGAGAGCAUGUUCGCUUAGCGAAAAAAUUCGAGCAAUUGAUUCGUGCAGAUGAUACGUUCGAGAUUGUUGGUGAUGUUCUGAUGGGAUUAGUUUGCUUUCGUAUGAAAGCUUCGAAUGAAACCAAUCAAGCCUUACUCACUAAACUGAAUUCAUCGGGACGUAUUCAUAUGGUACCGGCAUCUUUGAAUCAGCAGUUCGUGAUACGUUUUUGUGUUUGUGCAGAAAACGCUAACGAGCGUGACAUUCAGAUUGCAUACGACAUCAUUUCACAAACUGCACAGCAUAUCAUGCAUGACGGUAUUGUUGAGCCGCUAGUUGAAGAAGCUGAAUUGGAAAUGCUUGAAGAAAAAGCUUAUUCGAAUUCAGAAGAUACGCUUAAUAAGGAAGUAUCUUCAAUGGUUCAACUUCGUAGAAGUUCGGACUCGGAAUUUCUUUCUAGUGCACUGAAUGGACUAGAAACAACAGCAGUGGCAGUCGCAAGUGGCUGUACAUCAAAAGAGGAAUUACUCGAGAGAAAAAAUGCUAAAAGUUUGGCUGAAAAACGCUCAUUCUUAGUACGUAUGGUUUCCGAUCCAAAAUGCUAUAAUCCAAAGAUCGUUCGUCAUCUGAAUAUGACGAACUAUCGUAAGAUGAGCGAAGAUGUGGCCAGAGAUCGAACAAUACGACAAACCAUUGGUGGUGGUAGCGGUAGCAGUAGUGGUUCGAAGCAGUCACGUCCGAGGUAUCUCCUCAACAGUGAAAAUCGAUCAGGUAAUGAAAGUGAUACAACGUCAACGUUGAACGCGAGCGUUGAUGAGGACGUAAUACCGCUUCUCGAACAGACCGGUCUUCAAACGCCGAUGUGA